GCCCGCCAAGUUGAGGCAGUGCGCGGCCCGGCGUCCGUCGGGAGCCCGCGCCGGGCUGAGCCGCCCGUGUGGCGCCUAUUUCGCCCUGGCGCGAGGCGGGCCCGCCGGAGUCUGCGCGCCCCCGCGGCCGACGGCGCCUCGGGCGGCCCCGCGCACGCGCCCCGCCCCGCCCCCACGGGCCUCCUCGCGCCCCUGGGGCCGCCGCGCGACCAGAGUUCUCCGCGCCCCCCGACCUCGGGAGCAGCGCGCCCCCGGGGACUUGACCCUGCGCCUCCGCCGUUACCUGGAUUCAAGAUGAAUAUUGAUCAAGUUACACUGGUUGGUCAAGUGUUUGAAUCGUAUGUUUCGGAGUACCACAAGAAUGAUAUUCUACUAAUCUUGAAGGAAAGAGAUGAAGACGCUCAUUACCCAGUUGUGGUUAAUGCAAUGACACUUUUUGAGACCAACAUGGAAAUUGGAGAGUAUUUCAACGUGUUCCCCAAUGAAGUACUAACUAUUUUUGACAGCGCUCUGCAAAGAUCAGCCUUGACAAUCCUCCAGUCCCUUUCUCAGCCUGAAGGUGUCUCUAUGAAGCAGAAUCUUCAUGCCAGGAUAUCAGGUUUGCCUGUCUGUCCUGAGCUGGUAAGGGAGCACAUCCCUAAAACCAAGGAUGUGGGACACUUUUUAUCUGUCACUGGGACAGUGAUUCGAACAAGUCCGGUGAAGGUGCUGGAGUUUGAGCGGGAUUACAUGUGUAACAAAUGCAAGCACGUAUUUGUGGUCAAGGCUGACUUCGAGCAGUACUAUACUUUCUGCCGGCCGUCCUCGUGCCCCAGCGUGGAGGGCUGUGAUUCUUCAAAAUUCACUUGCCUCUCAGGCUUGUCUUCAUCUCCAACCAGCUGUAGAGAUUAUCAGGAAAUCAAAAUUCAGGAACAGGUUCAAAGGCUCUCUCUUGGAAGUAUUCCACGAUCUAUGAAGGUUAUCCUGGAAGAUGACUUAGUAGACAGUUGCAAAUCUGGCGAUGACCUCACUAUUUAUGGGGUCGUAAUGCAACGGUGGAAGCCCUUCCAGCAAGAUGUGCGCUGUGAAGUGGAGAUAGUCCUGAAAGCUAAUUAUGUCCAAGUAAAUAAUGAGCAGUCUGCAGGGAUCAUCAUGGAUGAGGAGGUCCGAAAGGAAUUUGAAGAUUUUUGGGAAUACCAUAAGACUGAUCCUUUUGCAGGAAGGAAUGAAAUAUUGGCCAGCUUGUGCCCUCAAGUUUUUGGGAUGUAUCUAGUAAAGCUUGCUGUGGCCAUGGUGCUGGCUGGUGGGAUUCAAAGGACCGAUGCUACAGGAACACGAGUCAGAGGUGAAUCUCAUCUUUUAUUGGUUGGGGAUCCUGGCACAGGGAAAUCUCAAUUCCUCAAAUAUGCAGCAAAGAUUACACCGAGAUCUGUGCUCACCACAGGAAUUGGAUCUACUAGUGCAGGUCUGACAGUGACUGCUGUAAAAGACUCCGGAGAAUGGAAUUUGGAGGCUGGGGCAUUAGUCCUCGCAGAUGCAGGCCUUUGCUGUAUUGAUGAGUUUAAUAGCCUCAAAGAGCAUGACAGAACCAGUAUCCAUGAAGCAAUGGAGCAACAAACCAUAAGUGUUGCUAAGGCUGGCCUCGUCUGCAAGCUGAACACAAGGACCACCAUCCUGGCAGCAACCAACCCCAAAGGCCAGUACGACCCCCGCGAGUCUGUAUCUGUGAAUAUCGCCCUUGGCAGCCCACUCUUAAGUCGAUUUGACCUUAUCCUGGUUUUGCUUGAUACCAAGAAUGAAGACUGGGAUCGUAUAAUUUCCUCCUUUAUCCUAGAAAACAAAGGUUACCCAAGCAAAUCAGAGAAACUCUGGAGCAUGGAAAAAAUGAAAACCUACUUCUGCCUCAUCAGGAACCUGCAGCCCACGCUGUCUGACGUGGGUAAUCAAGUUCUUCUCCGGUACUACCAGAUGCAGAGGCAGAGUGAUUCCCGGAACGCUGCCCGGACAACCAUCCGCCUGCUGGAAAGCUUGAUCCGAUUAGCAGAAGCUCAUGCUCGCCUGAUGUUUCGUGACACUGUGACUCUGGAAGAUGCUAUUACAGUGGUGUCAGUAAUGGAGUCCUCGAUGCAGGGAGGUGCGCUGCUGGGAGGUGUGAAUGCACUCCACACUUCCUUUCCUGAAAACCCCCUGGAGCAGUACCAGAGGCAGUGUGAACUUAUUCUGGAAAAGCUGGAGCUGCACAGCCUCUUGAGUGAAGAGCUAAGAAGACUCGAAAGGUUACAGAGUCAGAGUGCGUGCCAAUCCCAGCCACUGGCAGUGGAGGGAGAGACUGCUCCAGGAUCCUCGGGAAAUGAUCCAGGGGAAGAACCCGAGUUCAGAACAUCCACACAGCAGGAAAUACAUUGUGGCACGCACGCCCCCUCUGCGGGAGGCAGUCCCUGGGGAAGCCCACUUCUCGAUCCCUCAUCCCAUCUGGGGCCCAAUAGAUCAGCAAGUAGAAAACAUUCAGCUGAGCACAAAAAUAGCAGAGACGACAGUUUGGACUGGUUUGACUCCAUGGCAACUCAUCAGAUUGAACCUCAAAACACUGUUCCUGUGUCUCCUCGUCCCAAAACAACUGGGGGAAAAAUGGCUUUGAAAAUCUCCAACAGUAAAUCUCAGGGUAAGGAAAAGAGUGAGACAGGCCAAGGGAGCAAACUGGAAACUGAACAGCUUCCAGCACCAAGGGAGACAGAAGCUCCAUUGAGGCCAGACAACGGUGAGGGUAAAAAGGCAAAAAAGGCAGCGAUGGUUUCUGAAGCAGCAGCAUCUGCUGAGGAAGCAGACUCAGUACUGACUCAUCACGUCCCCAGAAAACUGCACAGGCUGCGCCAGGAGAGGGCCCAGGCUUCCUGCAGAAAUCCCGCCAGGGCGCCUUCACAGCCCGCAAGCCCUUCUCACCCGCAGCCGCUUGCUGUACGCUGCCCAGAAGGAAGGCGGGAAACUCCCAAAAGAAGGAGACAGAAGGCCAUUGCUCAGGCCGAAGAGCCUGAACUUGAAAGUGUUGAGAGUCCGGGUCCCCCAGUGGCCAAACUGGCAAAAUUUACUUUCAAACGGAAGUCCAGACUGACCCACUCCCCUGAAGACCACAGCCGAGUGUCUCCUGGCACAACUAAAAUAGCACCUCACAGUCCUAAAAGUCCCCACCACGAAACCAGAAAAGGAGCGGCUCUGCCUGUGAAGGGUCCAGAAAAGUUGGCCUCUACCUCAGGAAGCAGAAGCUCGGAUCGGCUGCAGGGUAAGACAAAGGAGGUGGCACGGCAGCCUCCAGAGAGAGACGGGUCAGGAGAGAAGAGGGACCCUGCCCCGGAGAAGAGAGUUACUCAGCCUGAAUUAGAGCUUGGGAAUGAGACGGGGCGUUUUCAUCCUACUUGUGAAAGAGAGAAAAAGGAGGAGGUUUCGUGCAGUGAUAGGAGCAGCAAGGUUCAUGCUUGCACACUCGCCAGAUUGGCAGACUUCUCCUUCACUUCCCCCUCUGAAUCCAAAUCCAAGUCCCCUCCUCCUCCUGAAAGGGGGACCUGCGGGGGGCGAGGCCCAAGCCCCCCUCCUACCAGCACAGCUCCACUGCUCGGCAGGAGAAGGAAAACAUUUCAGCUGGAGGGGUCCGCGGCGAGAUUGUGUCUUCCCAAAAACUCUCUCUUCACUUUACCAGAACUAGAUGAUGACACGUUAGAUUUUGAUUGGGAUGAAGAAAUGAGAAAAAAGCCAUAAUCAUGAAAAGCUUUCUGGUCAAAUUUUACCCUCCCCAACUCAACACAGCGCCUUCAGGGCAUCAUUGUGGUGUUUGUAUGUGCACAGAACCCUUGGCCACAUUGAGUGCCAUUCUGAGUACCAGCUCCUCCAACAGGUUUUAUAAUGUCAAGUUUAUCUUCGUGACUUGAAAAGUUGUAUAAUCAAUUGUAGGUCAGUGUGAUACCAGCACUUGAAUCGAAUUAAUUGACGUUGUGCUUAAUUUUGCAAACGGAGUCCUUAUAUUCCCAAAGAUGUUUCUGUUUGUUUUGUUUUGGCUUGGUUUCUUUUUUAAGGGGGAAGGUCUUCCCUACAUCCCUUCUUUCAUUCAGUCGGGGACAGAUGCCAGGAAGGUGGCGCUCAUAAAGCUAACAAGGCAGGUGAACUCUUUUCCUUUUUUUUUUUCCUGUAUUUUUUUUUUCACCCAAGAUGUGCUGAGUAUGGUGAACAUUUAUCAUGAUUUGCCAAAAAUUAUGUGAUUUUUCUAAAAUUUUUUUGUGUUUAUUCUCAUGGGUCAGAUGAAAUGUGACUAAAGUUUUUUUUCUCUGAGAGGCAUCCUCACAAUUUCAUGGUAUUCCUAAAGAUCUGGCAGCUGGUCAAGUACUAGCUUUCUGAAGUAUUGACCUUUUGAGUUGUCCUUUCUUUCUUGAGCCAACAUUUUGUGCUUCCAAUUCUUUUUAUCUUUUGGCCACAUACCUUCAACCUUCAACUUCAACCUCAGUCCUGUGGUUGGAAGGAGAGUGUGCAGUAGUCUCAAUCAUGUGUCGUGGCAUCUACCCAUGUGGUUAGUAUGGAAACGUGAUUCCUACUAAGUUAUGAUUCAUUUGUCUUUAAAACCAAGCAGAUGACUGUGUCUGGGAGGAAUAGAUGACUCAAGCUUUGCCUUUCUUAAGUCCUCUUAAAAUCACUUCUUCCUUUGGAUUCUAGCAGGGGCUGUUAGGAGUCCAUAAUUACACUUUUUCUUCUAAAAUGUGAAUGUGUAAAAUAAUAAUUAAUAGAUUCUUUCAUUGAGGGACCUUUAGACAUGAAGAAUACUCAAAACUAUAUGUACUCUGUUUAAUGAUCACUUCAUUAAAUUCAUAUAGAAAAAAACAAUUUUUCUUGAGCAUUUAAACAUCAAUUCCAAAAUUGAAUUUUCCAGUUAAAUUUUCUGAAAAAUUUUAAACUAUGAUACAAAUUUAGUAUGGGCAAGUCUUGAAAUCUUCAAACAUCUUACACAACUGAUAAAAGAUAUACGUAAGCAAGGAUUAUAAAAUUUAUUACUGCACAUUCCCUUAAACCCAUUCUAAAACAUCAAGAGUAUGGUUUACAUAGGGUAAUUUGAUUAUUUCUGUACUUAGUAACUUCCCAGUGUAGCAUGAUUCUUAAGGUGAUAUAUUCCUAAUCUUUCAGUGUUGCUACUUUCCUGGGUUUCAGUGUUCUUACUAGAACUGAGGAAAGGAAAGGAUCUGGGUCAUUGACCAGUUGAUUCUUGGUCUGGACAUGAUCUGACUGUGUAGACUGUGGUCAUUCAAACCUGAGCCACAGUGUUGAGCUGACUGUUUUUUUUUAUGGUAAACUUCUAAGUCCCUUUCUUAUAAAUUUUUGUCUUUGAAACUUGGUAUCUUUUGCCGUAAUGAUAUAUUAAGCUUUGCAUGGCUGACGGUACCUAACCUACUCGCUUGUCAUUAGGGCAUUUUGAUCUGUUGUUUUUAUCAUUUAAAAUGGUUGUAUUCCUUUUUGGGAAUCUUGAUUCUAGAGCUUUCAUUUCUUAGUAACGAGGAAUUUAGUUUAUGUAGUUAACUUGUCUCUUCAGGACACUGAGUAAUUCAUAUUUUAAAAUUGCGGUGUUGAGUUGUCUCUCUUCCUUGGUUACUGUGUAUGACCACCUAUGCUACCUUCUACCUGCUUAUUAUUGUACUCAUCAUACAUCCUAGUAUUUGUGCUAAUAAAUCCACCGUAUUUUUUAUUUUAGUAAUUUCUUCUGCCAGGAUCAUUUGGUCAAGUUACAAGUUCCAUGUGUAUAUUAUUUAGUGCUUACCCAGAUAGAAAUAACUAUAUAUGUAAAUAUUAUAAACAGACAUAAUUAUUACAAGAAAUAAAAUACUCAAUAUGAA